AUGGACGUGCCCGAUUUCUUCGCAACGGACCCCGACUGGGCAGCCUACGCGGUCAAGCACGGCUUCCCACUUCCUCCGGAUAGACCGAUUGACAAACAUUCUCUGCCGCGAUUCGACGCACACUCCUGGGACUUCCAAGCCAUCAGAGAGGCGAGUGCCGCGACAGAAAAAAUAUGGGCUCGCAACCAUCCACUCUCCAGCGUUGGCUAUGAGACCACGCUGACCGACAUCCGAGUUCGGGACGGUACGUUUUGCAGCGUAAAGAUUUCUUGGCCUGCAAACCCACGACACAACAGACGUUGCAGCAGCAUCUUGGGCGCACAAUCGUGUCUGCUACCAGUGCUAUUCGUGACGCACGGCGGAGGCUGGAUCCAGGGCACGCACACGACCGAAGAGGCAUGGCUGCUUUGGCCACUUUACCAAAGAUUCGAUAUCAUCAUUGUCAGCGUCGAGUACCGACUGGCGCCUGAGCACAAAUUCUCGACAUGGAUUGAAGACUCCUGGGACGUGUUGCAACAACUCUUGCAGGACCCAGGACACUUCUUGCCUACGUAUUGUCCCGUCCAAGUAGAUCCAAAGACUCUCUACUUGGCGGGUUCCUCCUCUGGUGGUGGCAUUAGCGCCGUCUUAUCGCAGCUAUGCCGCAACCACAGUAUUCCCGUCUCAGGGGUGAUCCUGAAUGUACCUGUUCUUUGUGAUUACCGCGAUCUGUCUGCGAUUAUGCCACAUUCAAGGAAGGGGGAACCAUCGUACGAUCAAUGUAUUGGUACAUUCUCGGAUUCUCGUGGCUUGAUGGCUGUCUGGGACAUGGUACGACCUUCAGCAGCAUCUCGGCCAGAUCCUCUUGCAUCGCCACUGCUCGGUGAUCUCUGCGUGUUACCACCGCACAUUAUAUGUGUGGCUGGUCAGGACCCGCUGAGGGACGAGGGCAUACAAUAUGCGAAGAAGCUUCAGCAACAAGGUUCCCCUGUGAGGUUGCAGAUAUACCCAGGGGUGCCGCACAACUUUGCUCAAUUUUGGGAACUCAAAGCCUGUCAACGGUUCUGGGAUGACUUGCAGAGGGAGAUGGGGUGGUUAUUGAACAAGACCAACUCCUGGGGUGAUGAAGGUUCAGUUGAAAAUAGCAAACCUUAA